AAUUGUCAGUGCGUAUUUACCAAUUUUUUAUCGAUAAAGUUGAUUGUUUCCUUAAUAUACUGUCAAAAGAUCUUAAAUCUGUAAUAACAUUUAUUAUAAAUAUAAUUGUUGUAUCGAAAGCAAGUUAACAUCGAGCCAGUUAACUUUCCCGACUCGGUGCGCAGCAGCCAUGUGUGAAUAGUUAUUAUAACCGUUAGGAAUUUAGGAUGCUGCCGGGCAUCGGAGUCUUCGGGACUGGCUCAGUCGCCAAGGUGCUUGUACCAUUUCUGAGAGAAAAAGGAUUUGCUGUCGAAGCAAUAUGGGGUGUCACCCUGCAAGAGGCCGAGGCUGUCGCCAAAGAACUCAAAAUACCGUUCUUCACUAACAAAAUCGAUGAUGUCCUCUUAAAGAAGAAUGUGAACCUUGUGUUCAUUGUUUGUGCUCCUAAUUUACACGCUCAGAUUUCUGUAAAGGCCUUGGGCAUCGGCAAGCAUGUCGUUUGCGACAAACCAGCUGGGCUUUGUCAAGCUGAAGCUCUUAAAAUGGUGCGCGCCGCCCAGUACUACCCCACUCUGAUAUCAAUUAUCAACCAUUCACUGCGAUUCUUGCCUGCGUUCAGCCACAUGAGGAAAUGUAUCGAAGAGGGUUAUCUUGGAAGUCCAGAUGAACUAACUCUGAUGGAUGUAAGAGUACAAAUGGGCUCUUUAUUAGGGGACACAUACAACUGGUUGUGUGAUGACACUAUGGGAGGUGGUACACUAACGUUAGUUGGCAGUCAUGUCAUAGACUUAGUUACGUUUUUAACUGGACAGAAAGUUGUUAAAGUACAUGGAGUAUUGAGAACAUUUGUUGAGGAGACUACCAAAGUCAAUGGCAUCAGAAAAAUAACAGCACCUGAUUUCUGCACAUUCCAACUGCAAAUGGAUAAGGGUUUGUUGGUGACGGCCACUCUUAACAACCACUUGCCAGGGCCCUGCUUCAACCAAGAGAUAUACAUGUGUAGUAAGAUGGGUUAUUUGGUUGUCCGAGGUGGGGAUUUACAUGGUAGACUGCACAAACCUAAUUCAAUAAAAAUAGAGGAGGAGAGCAAAAGAGGCCAUGAGAAAGAGGAGGUUAUUUAUGUUGAUGUGGAAGACCUGAGUUGUGCGUCUAGUGUCAUUCCCAAGCCGUAUAUAAAAGGCUUAUGUAAAAUGAUUAGUGCUUUAAAAGAAGCCUUCUUGCCUGUGAAAGAGCAAAUGGAUUGGAUAAAAGAACCAGUAAGAGCUGCUGCUACAUUUGAGGAUGGGCAGAGGGUGCAGGCGGCAAUGGAAGCCCUCCGCCAGUCAUGUGAAGAUGGCUGUUGGACUUCAGUGCAGUUGUUGACGGAGCCCCCAGAUCCCAACCCGGCUCUGUCAGCUGCAGUUCGCCGAACUGCUAUAUCUUUACAAUAGAUUUGCAUUUACAGUAGCUGAAAAUAAUCUAUCAUAUUUUUUCAGAUACAUUUGCAUAUUUUUUUUGGUAAUUUCUCAAAAACGGCUCUAGCGAAAAGGGCAAUUCGAUCAAACUAAGGUACAUUUGUAAAAUAAUUAGUUUGCCUGGUAGCCCGUUGGGUAUUAAAUUGUAAAGUAAUGAACCAAUUUAAUUUUCAAACCAGGCGAAAGAGGGUGAAAAAUCGAACCAUCUAGGUUUUAUUGUUGGUAAGAUUCGCUUUUGAGUGUCCUCAAAUAAGAAAUUCGAUAUUUAUAACAUACUAAUUGGUGUGUGUGUGAAGUACCCAAUCCACGUGCAGUGGGACGUAUGUAUAUUUAUAUGAUUGUGAUGAUGAUACAAUCAUUGUUUACAUGAUAUAAAGCCUAAUUUCACGAAUUUUCGAAUAAACGCCUUCACAAAAAUAGGAAUAUGAUAGAUUUUGUGCACUGUAAAUCAAGUUAUGAUAUGCCAUUAUCAAGUACCUUUAUUACAUUGUAAGCAUAUUAUUUUGUUAAUGUGUAUUGUUCCAUGUAUUAUUUUGCCUGUCUGCCAUGCUAAUUUAAAUGGGUAGGUAGGUAAAAGGCAAAGAUUUCCUAUGAAAUCUUACAGCAUUCAGUAUUCUGUUCAGUUAUUUCCAAUGUCUUGUAAGGUAUUAUUUUGCAGUUAUGCACAGUAUUAUAGUGGAUGAGGAUGAUAAAAUUUCAUCCAGUCACAGUCAUAUUAAAGAAGUAAUUUACUAAUAGGGGAUAUUACUGCAAUGUUCUGCCACCAGAGUGCAGCACAAGCCUUUUUAGUAAACCAUAGAGUAACUUAUACAUGUACCUUUAACAGGUUUUUGACAAGUUCUCAGAGAUCAAGGCGGUUUGUUUACAGAGGACCCACUGGGAAACGCGAAUCCGAGAUUUCGCUAUCUGCCUCUUUAUCGCUCGAAUAUGCAAGUGACAGAGAUGUUAGAUAACGAAAUUUCGAUUUUCUUGUUUCCCAAUAGACCCUCAUCAGAUUGUGGUAGUGGCGCCCCCAACGCAGAGUUUCGCGUAAUAUGCCCUAUUAAAUACCUAUCAACAUCAUAGUUUCUAAGUUUUAUACAGUUAGGUAAUGAUCACUAAAAAAUAUUACUUAUAAGGCCAACACAGACAGUCUGAUAUUGUUAGUUUUCAUUUGACAUGCAAUUACUGGCCAGCCUUUUUUUAAAUAAAUAUUUUAUUUAAAGAAAAGCUACAGCUCGAAUGUAGUCAAGUCUGUCUGUCCUUAGAUCUGGGUCAAUCAAUAAAAAUUACCUGUAUUUUUGUAAUAAUGAACCAAGUUUUCAUUUGAAUUCUCAUUAUUAAUAGCAUGCUAAAAAUUGCCUUGUUAAUUUAACAUAAUUUGGGCUAUUUUAAGUAGAAUUGUGCUGUUCCCAGUAACAUUUCCCAUUUUGUAUGGGGAAUGUUGACCUCAUACUUGAAACAAAAACGCAUCUCUACUAUAAAAAUUACAGUUCAAUAUUGAAUGACUAGAAAGGAAUGCCAAAUGGUCAAAGGGUUAAACAGAUGUAUUCACUGUGAUAGAUA